UUGCAUUUUCUUCCGCGUUAGUGAUGUGAAAUAGCAGUUAUUAAUGCCACUUGCAGGCACGUCCACCGCACACAGUUUAACCGGUGCACAGUCCGUGGUUGACUGUCUUGGAAUAUGGCAAGUGCAGAAGCUUUUAGUGUUGAAAAAAAUCCUGCCGUGUAUAAAACAUACAACAGUUGUAAUUUAACAGACGAAGAUCGUCAACUGGCCAAGGUAGAACUGGGAGAAGAUGACACGACUCGAGAGCAAUGUCUCCAGCAGAUGCGGGAUUGGAUCGCGCGACAUCAGCAUAUCGACAAGUGCCGUACGGAUCCCCUUUUUUUGUUGAGAUUUUUGAGGGCGAGAAAACUCAACCUUCCGGAUGCCUGCGAAAUGUUGGAACGAUACCUGUCUAUGCGACAGGUUUUCAAAAUAUGGUACGAAAAUCUGGACCCGGAGGAUAAAUACAUGAAGCAGCUGGUAGCGACGGAAGGCGCUUUACCAUUGGGGUUUGAUGAGCGUGGACGGAUGGUAGCAUUGGUGAAAGUGCGAAACUUUGACCCAGCUAAGUAUACAUGUCAUCAUUUGGGCCGAUUUACCCACAUGGCGUUGGAGGCUUUCUAUGACGAUGAACAGGUUCAAAUUGGAGGAGGCGUUGCUAUCGUGGAUUGCGAAGACGCCGCAAUGGCCCACUUUACACUGUUUAAGUUAUCGGACAUUAGAAACUUCAUGGAACAUUUGAAGUAUGCUUUACCAGUUCGUGUUCAAGAAGUGCACAUUAUCGGACUGCCUCGUAUUGGAGCCGCGAUUGGUGAUCUCAUCGUUAGUCUUGCUAGCACCGAGAUGAAACGAAGGAUUCAUUUUCACGCAACACUGGAGGAUGCGAUAAAACUGUUGGACCAGUCAAUGCUGCCGAUGGAAUACGGAGGAACUCAAGAUGCGAGAGAUAUCACAGAGCGUUUGCGGAAACGCUUGCAGACAAACCGGAAUGCCUUGGUUCAACUCGAUGAGAUGAUGAUCGAUGUCACACCGUACGCUAGCUUUUGGCAUCAAGGUCGGGAUGAAGAUGUGGAAUUUGGAAUGGAAAUUGACUGAUUCACUGUAAAUGUACCUUGUUUUUUUUUCAUAUAUAUAAUGUAUACACUCAUCUGCAAAUAGUAAUAAUCAUUUUAUUACCAAAGUUUAA